AUGGGGCAACUGGUCAAGAAGCAACACAGCCAGACCACCGGCGGGCCAACACCUCCCGCUGGUGCGUGGGGCCGCUCCCUCCCCCGAGCCCCCGGUGCGCUCGCCCGCCCGGGCGCCGCCGCGGUGCGGAGGGAGGAGGAGCCGCCGCCGGGCCGGGCCGGGCCGCGCUGGUGUUUACAAACUCACCCGGGAACGCGGGCCGGACCGCGCGUUAAAGGCCGGGUCCCCCACAGGCUUCCGUCACUUCUCGCGAUAGCUCGGCUGACAUCUCCGCGGGCGGCGGGGAGGCGCGGGUCACGUGGCCGGGAAGGGCGGGGCGGAGCGCGCCGCGGAUUGGACGACGUCGAGCGGGGCGGUGGUGGGGGGGACGACGGUGUGGCCGGAAGCGGCAAAUGCCUGGGUGUGGCCGAGCGGCGCCGCGACGCGGACGUAGCUAAGCAGGCGCUGCUCGGUCCGCCCGCGGAUGGGCGACUGACGCUCUGUCUCCCGAGUAGACCCCCGUACGGUGCUAACGGCAGCUCUCGCGUCCCGGUCGGCCGGGAGUCUUCGGUAGUGCCGUUAAGCGGCUCCCCAGAGCCGGGGACCACAUCUGGACCGCGGGAGCCGAGCCACAAUGCGUCCCUUUGGGUCAAGCUGCUGUUACUGGAGGGUUCGUGCCCAUCCCCGCUGCUGGCUCUGCAGCAGCAGGCAGAGGCUGCACCGCUGCCAGGCUCAGUGACAGCACCUGGCGCGCUUGUCACGUCAAAGUUUUGGAAUAAUCGGCCCUCCAAACCCACACACUGGCCGUAUUCCCGGGGUUUCCCAGUCUCCCAACACACCACAUCUCUUACAGCUGGAACUGGCUGUGUGCCUGAAGCCAUAUUUCUGCUCAGUUGAAUCAAAAAUGCUGCAGCAGCGUACAAGGUAACACUGUUGUGCACAUCACUGUCACAAGUGGAAUGACGUUGGAUCUACGGGG